UCCCCUUCCGGCCUCCUCCUCCUCCUCCUCCUCCUCCCUCCAGCGGCGAGGCCGGCAUGGCGGCGGCGGCGGCGACGGGCCCGGGCGCGCUGGGCGCCCGGGAAGCGGCCGAGGCGGCUCACGUGCUCUCGCUGCCGGCCGAGGCCUUCGGGAACGACCCGCGGCUGGAGGCUGCCUGGGCCGAGCGCGCCUUCCAGCACGCCCACGUCUACUUCCACCUGAUCUCGGCCGCUGACCCCGCGGGGCUGAGGCUCACCCGGGCCGACGACCGGAUCUACGCGGCCUUCCGGCGGAGCUUCCCCGACCUGCGCGUCGACCUGCUGGACGUGGAGGCGCUCAAGUCGGAGCCGGCCAAAGAGAAGUGGCGCCCCUUCUGCCUGCAGUUCGAGGGGGCGGUGGAGGACUUCAACCUGGGGACCCUCCUGCGCCUCGACUGCCGCCAAGGCUACUCGGAGGAGAACUCCGUGCUGGCGCCGCGCAUCCAGUUCCUGGCCAUCGAGAUCGCGCGCAACCGCGAGGGCUGCAACGGCGCCGUCUACCGCCGCGCGGGCGCUCCGGAAGCCGAGCCCGACCCGGCAGGACCCCGCUGAGCCUCACCGGACGGGACCCCGGACGAGAACCGUGCGAGCGAGGCGUGGGGGGAGGGGGCGGGCAGUCGGGGUCUCCCCUCCCCCCAUGGGUGGCCUAGAAGGGGGGGAGGAGGCUGGGGGGCAUCGGGAUGGGUCUGCUUUGGGGAGCUGCCCCUUUGGGGGCGCUGGGAUGGCUGAGCAGCCCCCCCUCCCUCCGCCCCUUUCUCCAGUCUGCCUUUGGUUUUGUAUGCCGGACUAUGGCAGGUCCGCCUGGAUCUUGGCUUGUAAAGAACAGUUGUUCCAAGAUUAA